AUGUAUCCGGUAAGGUGCUGCUCCUUGUUCAUACAGAAGGAUCUCAGUGCACUUUGUGUGUCAUCUCUACCAUCAGCUCUGAAACACACACUUUGUCCUGCUUCAGUACCUGUUAGACUGUCCAGUGUGUCCUCUAACACACUCUGUCCUGCUCCAGUACCUGUUAGACUGUCCAGUGUGUCCUCUAACACACUCUGUCCUGCUCCAGUACCUGUUAGACUGUCCAGUGUGUCCUCUAACACACUCUGUCCUGCUCCAGUACCUGCUGUGACCCGCCGUGGUGUGUCCAGAGUGUCCAGAGUGUCCUCUAACACACACAUCUGCUCCUCUCCAUCACUACUAUCAGUGUGUCAGAUGGGCAGCAGCAGUGUCCGGCUCUUCAGUUCUCUGGCUCAGUCUCUGAGCAGCGCACCACUGGAGGCCACACACACACACGCUGACGAGUGUGACUUUGAGCAGGUCGACCCCGAGACCCUCCUGCGCGAGUGUGAGGAGGUUCUGCGGACGCGACCGCCGCGGCCACAUCGAGACUUCACGAGGACCAGAGCCAGCGCCAAACACAACCCGCAGAUCCGAGUCAUGCAGUGGAACAUUCUAGCACAAGCUUUGGGUGAAGGUAAGGACGGCUUUGUGCGCUGCCCCAUGGAGGCUUUAAACUGGGCUGAGAGGAAGUACCUGAUCCUGGAGGAGAUCCUGACCUACAGACCAGACAUUGUGUGUCUCCAGGAGGUGGACCACUACUACGACACCUUUCAGCCUGUGAUGUCCAGCCUGGGCUACCAGAGCAGCUUCUGCCCCAAGCCGUGCUCUCCGUGCCUGGACGUGCGCGGCAACAACGGCCCCGACGGCUGCGCCCUGUUCUUCAACCGUGAGCGUUUCCGUUUGCUCGACGUCCAUCACCUGCGUCUCUCAGCCAUGGCGAUCAAGACCAACCAGGUGGCCGUCAUGGCGACGUUACAGUGCCAGGUCACGGGGCGAGUCUUCUGCGUCGCUGUAACGCACCUGAAAGCGAGGAGUGGCUGGGAGACUCUCCGUGGAGCCCAGGGUGCUAAUCUUCUCCAGCAGCUGAAGGCCAUAUUGAGCACGCAGCAGGAAGCCGUUCCUUUGGUUGUGUGCGGAGAUUUUAACGCCGAGCCAGACGAGGAAGUGUACCGCCGCUUUCUGGACUCUCCGCUCGGCCUCGAUAGCGCGUACAGGACACUGAGCGCUGACGGCAGCACCGAGCCGUCCUACACCACCUGGAAAAUCCGUCCGAGCGGAGAGAGCCGAUCGACACUCGACUACGUGUGGUACACGCGCAACGGCUUCAGCGUGGACGCCGUUCUGAGCAUGCCCAGUGAAGAGCAGAUCGGCCCGGACCGCCUACCCUCGUACCACUACCCAUCCGAUCAUCUCUCGCUCAUCUGUGAUUUCAGCUUCAUCCAGGAACCACACAGGCUCAUGUGACCACAUCAAACCGUCACCAUAGCAACUUUGAACAUUCCUAAAAUGUUUUUCUGACCUACUGACACAAGAAGGUGGUCACCAAGUACCACAGACUCCUAGUCGAUUCAAACGGACCGGCUCGGCAUCUUCAGUUGCUUUAACAGUACGACGGUUAAUUUAUCGUUAACUGGUCAGAAAAAAAGAAUGUAUUAUUUUAUUCACUCGUUUUAUUCUUUAAACGAGUUGUAAAAAUGAAUAACGAUUAUUUAAUUUAUUAAACAGCAUCCACUGUGCCGAAUUUCCGGCGAGUAAGAUAUUUAUUGCACCGUUCAAAUCGCACAAGUAUCGUUCUGUUCCGACCCAAGAGUGACAAACUUAACACUCGAGCCUGCACUAUUAAAACUAUUUAUAACACACAA